CUCUCUCUUCCCCCUCUUCUUCUCCCUCUCCCUCCCUCCCUCGCUCUCUCUCUGUCCCUCUCCCUCUCUCUCUCUCUCUCUCUCUCUCUCUCUCUGCAUGUCAGUGAUAAUAAAAGCUCUGAAGGAAACUCUAUAUCUGCCACUUCUCCCACACACACUCACCACCACGGAGAGAGAGAGAGAGAGAGAGAGAGAGAGAGUCAGUGCGUGUGUGUGUACAGGAACUCAUGCGAGAGGAGGAUCAGUUGUUUGUCGUUUUUUGGGAGAUGAUGGAUGUCUGUUUGGAAUUCCAGCUUUGGGAAAAGAUUGUUGGAGUUUUAUCCAUAAAAACAGGCAAACUGGACAGGAUCUGAACUCAAACAUCAGCGGUCAUAAACGAACCUUUGCAUUCUGAUUCCAAAGUGAAGUCCCCUCCCCUGCAUGACUGACAGGUCACCAUGGAAAUGGACCCCUCCCUCAACCUGACUGCCCUUGAUGAUGCUUUGUCCCUGCAUCACUUCCAAAACGGAUCAUGUGACCAUCUCUUGCCCACCAGUUCCCAGUACCAGAAAAGACUCGUACCCGUCUUUUACACCUUCAUAUUCCUUCUGGGUUUCCUUGGUAACGCGCUAGUCAUCUGUGUGUUCUGCCAGAGUUCAUCACGCCGGACUGUGGCCAACACAUACCUGGUAAAUCUGGCAGCGUCAGACUUGCUGUUCCUCUGCAGCCUGCCCUUCUGGGCCGUGUACUACUCCAUGGGGUACAGCUGGGUUUUUGGGAGGGUAGCAUGCAAGCUUUGCGGUGCCUUGUUAACGAUCAACAUCUACGCCAGCGUCUUUUUCAUCACCUGCAUGAGCGUGGACCGAUACCGCGCCAUCGUGUACCCGCUGAGCACCCGGAGCGUGUGCCAUGCCCGGUGCAUUAGCAUUGCCAUCUGGCUGGUGGCCGUCCUGAGCACCGUGCCGACGCUAGUUUUCCGAGAUACGCACAUGCUAAGCAACCUGAACGUGACAGCUUGCGUCAUGAUCUACCCCAAUGCACUCUGGCACCCAAUGCUAACCCUAGCUAAGAACACACUGGGCUUCCUGCUGCCAUUUGCCGUGAUGGCCACCUGCUACAGCCGCAUCGGUCGCCACCUGCUGGCCACGCCCGACCUCUUGGAGCAGGAACCAUCCCGGAUAGACCGUGUUUUGCGCAUGGUCAUUGCCGUGGUCUUGGCUUUCUUCCUGUGUUGGUGCACCUUCCAUGUGUUGGCCUUCCUGGAGGUGCUGAAGGACCUGGGCGUGACCCUGAGCUGCAGAACGAACCAGGCAGUGGAGGCACUGCUGCCCAUCUCACUGUGCCUGGGGUUCUCCAACUCGGCCAUCAACCCCUUCCUCUACUGCUUCGUAGGGAACCACUUCCGAGAGCAGCUUUGUCGGCUCUAUGAGGAAAAGGCACCCAGGCUCUCGCAAAAGCGGGACUCCAUCAGCACACGUCUCAGCUCCUUCUCACGCAAACUCAGCGACGUCAAAGACUCCGGUGUCAUCGAGAGCCUGCCUCAAAACGGCGGACCCUAGUGGUGAGGACUGCAACUGCUGCGUCAACUUCAUCGGGACUGGAGGAAUUCACAUAAGAUGCCUUUUGAACUUUGGUGUUUAGGUGAAGACUUUUAAGAGUUCCUUGAGUGGCAAACAAACAAACAAACAAAUGGAUCUUUGACCAAAUCAGGUUUUGUAAAUAUUACGAACAAACUAGUUAAUCGGAAAAGACAAUUAUGCUCAAACCAGUUAAGGUAAGAGUGGAAGAGGAUGGGCAGCCAAAAGAUGUAUGGAUACAAGCAACGGAAUCGUGACCAAGGCCUUCGGAAGCCUGAAGAUCUAAACAGAAGACAGGAUAUUCUGGAGAAACACUUUCCAGAAGGUCUAUAUAAUAACAAUUUAAACAAUGGCUCUGGAUGCAGGUUACCCUAGUCUAGAGUUCUUUUGGGAUAGUACUUAGAUGCAAUUGCUAAUUACAUAAUUAAUUUCCAUAAAUAUUACAUAGCAGUUAGUCACAUUUGAUGGAAUUUCUCUAUGUUUCAAUAAGCUAUGAGUGAGAAUUAAUGCAUAUCAAAUGUAACUGCAGCUUCUAAGGGUUAACCCCUUAUUGGUUUUGAAUUAGCACAUAAUUCAGAUGGCUAAUCUAAUCUAUCUGGUUACCCUGAUGUUUCCUGGUUGACUGACUGGCUUGAGCCCAGAGUGACAUAGCACAAAUUAACAAAUGAUGUAGCGCACCAAAUGUCAUCAAAAGAGUGUUUAACCCUUUAUUGAACAAUGUUGCUAUAAGACAACUUAGCCCUUGGCCCUCCGUUUUGAGUAUUCACACCUAGGUGGUAGGGUGUCCCGAUUUUUGUUGAGAUAGAGGGGUAGGGCAAACUGUUGGGGCUACAUGACCCUCCAAACGGAGGUUUUUCAGGCUCCAAACAGAGAGUUAUGAGAAAAAAAA